GGCUGUGAGUCACGGCAGCAGAGCCCCUGACUCAAUGUUGCUUUGGUUAAUCAGUAACCAGAGUGGGAGCACCGGCUGGUUGGCCAGCGGGGUUAAAUUAGGGAGCAGAGGAGUCGGGACCUCAUUCAGGAUCACCCUCAGCAGCAGCAGCAGCAGCAGACACACAAGAAGAAAUCAUUCUAAGGUGACCACCAACACAACGUAAAUAUGAAGAUUCUGCAGCUGUUGCUUCUAGCCCUCCUGCUAUGCUGCUACCUCUCAGGAAGCCAAGCAAACCGCGUCUACAUCCACCCCUUCCAUCUCUUUGCGGCUGAAAAUGUCAGCUGUGAGACCAUGCACUCCCAGACAUCCAAGCCCUUUAGCACACUUCCAGUGGCUCCCCUUGAUAUGGAAGUCCUAACACCAGACAGCAGGGACCUGUCCAAAGUGGACACACAGAAGCAGAACAUCACAGAGAGGACGGCGGUUCUGGCACAGCUUCUAAACUCUUUGGGUCUAAGGAUGUACCAGGCUCUCAGCAGCAAACAGCAAAGCACCAACACCCUCCUCUCUCCAGUCAACGCCUACGGAUCCCUCGUCACCUUUUACCUGGGAGCAUCAAAGAGGACAGCAAGCUCUUUCCAGCUUCUUCUGGGCUUGAGCAGCGACACUGACCAAGAGGACUGUGUGUCCUUAGUGGACGGACACAAGGUCCUCAAGACCCUGCAGAGCAUCAACUCUCUGGUGGAUGAUGGACCCAAAGACGAAAUCACAAACCAGGUGUGGACCUUCUCUCGCCAGGGUGCUCAACUGUCCGAGGACUUUAUUCAAGGCACACAUGACUUCUCGGACACUUCGUUCAUCCGCAGCGUUGACUUCUCCAAACCUCAGGAGGCAGAGCAGUUGGUGAACAGCUUUGUGGACAAUACAUCCGGCGGGAAGGUGAAUAGCAUCUUCAAUGAGCUGAACCCCAGCAGCGACCUUCUGUUCCUUACGUCCUUCUAUUUCCAAGGCAACUGGAGGACAGCCUUCCAAACAGAGAGGACAUCCAUGGAGUUUCAUGUGGAUGAAUCAACCACAGUAAUGGCCCCACUGAUGACCCACACGGGUCAGUACCACUUCGUGAAUGAUAAGGUUCGUCGUUGCACAGUUGUGAAGCUGUCCCUAAGCAAGCGGUCCUACAUGUUGAUUGUGCUGCCUCAUGAGAAGGCUGCCCUGCUCGACAUAGAGUCGAGGCUCCGCACCGAUGUCAUGUCUGACUGGUAUCAGAACCUCCAGGAAGGUCUGUUGGAGCUCACACUCCCAAAGUUCUCCAUGUCUUCUGUCACUGAUAUACGUGACCUACUGACCAACAUGGAUCCAGAAAUUGAGGCCAAACUGUUGGGGUCCCAGGCUGAGUUCAGCCAACUCAGCAACACCAAACCUUUCAUUAUAAACAAGGCGUUCAACAAGGUCAUGUUUGAGAUGUCAGAGGAAGGAGCAGAACCUCAGGACAAGAUCCAAGAAGCAGGAGUCCCACUGAAACUGUCCAUCAACCGGCCGUUCUUUUUUUCUGUCAUCGAAGGAGAUUCUAACGCCAUCCUCAUGCUCGGCAAGAUCACCAACCCGACCCUCUAGAGUUAAACAGAACUUCAACCUACAAAAACCUCCAUAAAUAUAACCAGCUCAUUUUUUAAUGUACUUCAUCGCCUGUAUUUACCGUUAAUUUAGGGAGUUGAAAUCAAUAAUUCAGAUGACUUUCCAUUUGGAUCAUAUGCACAAAAAGAGGCAAUACUACUUACAAAGGAUCUGUUAGUAUUCAACAGUGUUGUCUUAACCUUUCUUCACAAAGGAGUGAACGUGGUUCCUUGACUCAGUAUUUAUAUAACCUGUUACUUAAAUCCGAGCCUUUUUAAAACCGUUAGUUGUUUGUUUUUUCAGCUGUAAAAUUAAUAUAGCAGAGUCCUGUACAGUAUUUUUCUGUAGAGUAGUUACAGUACCCAUGAUUCUCUACGAUGAAUGACUAAAACGUUGUAUAUUGUAACUAAGAGUUUAUUUUGGUUUCUUUUUUCGAUUUUUGCUGUAAUAAAACAUUUGUAUCCCA